UUCACAGCCCAACCCCAACUCCCAAACACACACAACACUAACAGUUUCCUCACUCACUCUUAGCUCAGCUCUCUUUCUCUGUCUCUCUUAGUUUACAAUAUCACUCUCCUUCUCCAACACACAAACACUGAGAUAGAUAAGAAAAUAGAAGUGAAAGAGUGCUAUAUAUGGAGUGUUUCUAAAAGCUAACUAGGGGUUGAAGCUAGCUAGACCUGUGUUUUUGUUUUUUUUGGCACUUUUUCUUAUCUUUGGCAAUUGGGUUUUGUUAAUGGGUCUUACUUCUUUGCAAGUUUGCAUGGAUUCUUCUGACUGGUUACAGGGCACAAUUAACGAUGAAUCUGGAAUGGAUUCUUCUUCACCCUCUGGGGACAUGCUAACAUGUUCAAGGCCCUUGAUAGAGAGGCGGCUGAGGCCACCGCAUGACCAAGCUCUCAAGUGUCCAAGGUGUGACUCAACGCACACCAAGUUUUGCUACUACAACAACUACAGCCUCUCUCAGCCAAGGUACUUUUGCAAGACCUGUAGAAGGUAUUGGACCAAAGGUGGCACCCUCAGGAACAUUCCUGUGGGUGGUGGGUGUAGAAAGAACAAGAAGGUUUCAUCUAAAAAACCCAAUGACCAACCCAACCAAAACCACCUUGGAUCAUCAUCAUCAUCUCACAACCCUACUGAUCUUCAGCUUUCAUUUCCAGAGGUGCAAUAUUCACAGUUUAGUAAUAUACUUGGCACACAUGGGGCACUUGGUAACCCUACUUUCAUGGAGGCUAAGUAUAAUAAUAAUGGAAUGCUUGAGAAUUCCAUUAGGCCUAUUGAUUUUAUGGAGAAUAAGUUGGAAGCUAUAGUUGGGAAUUCUAGGAACUAUGAUUUCAUGGGGAAUGGUGAUCACUUAGGUAUGGUUGGUGGGCUUGGUGAUCAUCUUAGUGGUCAUAGUUUGGCACCACAAUUUGGUCUGUGCUCUCCAUUUGGGAUGUCCAAUAUUGAUGGGAAUAGUGGGACUUUCAUGGACACAUGCCAGAGGUUAAUGCUACCAUAUGAUCAUGCAAAUGAUCAGGACCAUAAUGCAAUGGAUGUGAAGCCAAACACUAAGCUCUUGUCCCUUGAUUGGCAAGACCAAGGUUGUUCUGAUGCUGGAAAGGACUCGUUUGCUUAUAUCAACGGUCUAGGAUCUUGGUCUGGCAUGAUGAAUGGUUAUGGACCAUCCACGACUAAUCCAUUAGUUUAAGCUAGUUAAUCUUGAGUACCUA